ACACGCUCCCGGACUCUACAUGGGCCACCCAACAGUGCACUUUGAUGUUCCCACCGCCGCCGGGCGGCAGAUAGUUUCCGUCCGAUGUUGUGGCAGAGACGAAGAAGCGAUCGUUUCUCCUCUGCGCGGAAGCAGUCGGGACCAACUCGCCGCAGCCCGGUCCGAUCCCGGGCCAGUCAUCGUUGUCUUCGUAGAUAGGGAUGGAAAGUACUUCACGGACUAUGGUUUUCCAUCCCUGCCCAUCUCAAACAUCAACCUACUCAUGCUCAGCGUAUUGUCUUCCCUGUCAAGGCUUGAGGAGAUGCAGGUGGGAGGCACUGCAUCUGUACAAACGCUGCAGCCACCAGAUGUCCUGUCCUUGAAUGAAUUAUUCCACACUGCCUCAUUGGAGGAAUCGCCCACUUCAAUAUCCCCGUGCUCCAUGAGGGUACGGGUAUUUAGUGAUUGGGGAAUCAGAUUUUACAUCAGGACUGACCACAGCGGAUUUUAUCAUACAUAUCCGGAUGUGGGUGGGCAGUUUCCUAGCUUAACAGAGGCUUACAGUGCCAUCGAUUGCUAUCUUGGUGAUCGUCAGGAUCCAACAAUGCGCAUCGAUCCAUAUGAUCCAGAUUUGGUUUAUCGUGUGAAUGAAUCUACCCGUGAGAAGAUUAUACGCAACAUUCUGUACUGGCCUGAUGGCACAAGGAAGUUGCGGUUGCAGUCACUGCCGGUUGAUGAAAUGCGUAGUUGGAUGCUUCAGUUGGUUCGAGCUUUGGUCGACAAGUAUAACGAUGAUCACAAUCUUUUAGGGGAUCUUGCAUAUGAACUCAAAGGUGUGGUGAGCUACCAUGUGUUUAAUCAGAGUGGGAGUCGUAGGAUGUACUAUCAUAUCAAUUUCACUACAAAGACCAAAGACAACAAUGACCUAUUAUUCUUUGCUGAGACUAUGCGUGAACGAGAUUUGUUGGUGGUCAGCUGUAUCUGCAGGGUUAAUCCUUUUGACAAAGACUUGGGUUACUGCUAUCGUUGUUUAUCUGAAGUGAAGCACCCCAAGGAUGAUGCAUACGUUGGUGGUCACUCUUGCUUGCCCGGCACGUAUCAUUCUUAUGGACCAAGGGAAGAUGUGGGAGUAACUGCCGACCAACUGGAAACCGAGGAGGCCCAAGUUAGAUAUUCGUACAAGGACCCUGUCGAUCCAAGCUUCCUGGAGAAACUCAGGGCACCAACUGAAGUUAACUAUCCACCCCUGCGACCAGUCGAAGAAACCCUUGCCUUUAUUUCCUCGUUCUGUAGAUAAGAUGUCUGCAGUUUGGUGCUGCUAAGAUACAAGAAAGAGAAGGACAUGUGGUUUUGGAUGGACCUAUUUAUAACAAGCUGCACUCUGUUUUUUGAAUAAAGCGGCAAUUCCGGAUGGGAUUUGAAGUUCUCAGGGUUUGUGCGAAGUAAAUAUAUGUGCCAUUCUGUGUGCUUUCCUUAUUCUGGUUCCAGCAUUUACCUAUGCAUAGGCGAAAACUGUCUACCUAAGUAAUGAGUUUAUCAGGGAACUUCUUUACAUCCUAAUUGUUCGACACCCUUCGAUCCAGGGCAAGGGACUUGGAGUCCUUUCUGGAGGUGAUGACGGUGGAGCUCAGGUCUAGUAGUUCGGUUGCAGCAGACGUCGGCACGUUCCUGGAUGCCUUCUCCACAACCUCGCUGCCUUCGUUGUUUUCUCGUUGGCUUGCUAUAUGGUUUAGACGCUUCAAGAUGUGUUUCUGGUUUAUCAUUGGUUUGCUUGUUGACUGUUCUGUAAUUUAAAGCUGAGCCAAGACCUUAUUUAAUUAUUUAUAACAAGCUACACUCUGUUCCUGAAUAAAGAGAUGUGCAAUUCCGGAUGGCA